AUGGCGACGAGCGAAUUGAUAGUUUUAACCGCCAUUUUCGGCGUUGUUCUGUCGCUGAAUAAUACUCAAAUUGUGACAACCACCGAGGGUAAAGUGGAAGGAGCGUUGGACCCCAGCGGGCUGUACUACCAAUAUCUUGGAAUAAGAUACGGCUUGCCUAAUAAAUUUCGGGCGCCGUCACCGCCACCGAGUUUCACUGGUGUGUACCUGGCCAAUAAUCCAAAUGUCCUCUGUCCUCAAUUCCCAACACACGACCCUCUAGCCGCCCCCAGUGAUAAUGAAGACUGCCUCGUCCUCAAUAUCUACGUCCCUUCGUUCUUGAACAGCACCUUCCCAGUAAUGGUCUUUAUCCACGGAGGAGAUUUCGGCAUCGGUUCUGGAUCCAAGAGCUUCUACGGCGCCCAAUACUUGAUUAGCCACGGCGUCAUAGUCGUUACCUUGAACUAUCGGCUAAAUGCUUACGGAUUCCUCAAUCUGGGAAUCCCUGAUGCUCCCGGGAACGCUGGACUGAAGGACAUUCGAGCGGCGUUGCGCUGGUUACAAGAUAACAUCGCAAACUUUAACGGGGAUCCAGACAAUGUGACACUUUUCGGUCAAGGCAGUGGAGGGCUGGCGGCUAUUUAUAUGACCAUGUCUGAUACUACCCAGGGCCUCUUUCAUAGAGUGAUCUCACAGAGCGGCACACCGUUCGCGCCGCAGUCUUUCGAUCCUCGUCCAUUGAGGACGGCGAGUCAGAUCGCCAAGUCCUUAGGCCUCAUUAGUGAAGAUCCAGAUGCAUUAUUAAGAUUGUACUCCGAAACACCAGUAGACGAAGUCGAAGAAGCUAUAGCAAAGCAAAUGAACGCGCGCUCAGUGUUCCUACCGUCUGUUGAAGAGAUUUUUGAUGAUGAGGAAGCAUUUUUAGUGGAUUCGCCUUACAAUAUCUUAACCUUGGGCAAAGAACACAAGGCUUUCAAUCCUGUACCAAUGAUAAUCAGCGUGAACACGGUCGAAGGACUCACAAGCACUCUGGAUUACUACACAAUCACGAGUCAAAUGGAUAGAAUCAAAAACGAAGACUUCUCAGCCCUGGACCAGAGAAGUCUGGUUGUGCCUAAAAAGGAAAGAGAGGAAUUCAGGAAGACGCUCACAGAGACAUACUUCACAAACAUUACCUCAGACGAAGCGCUGGUUGGGGGCAUCAUAAACUUAAACACAGACUUCUCAUACGUGGGACCUGUGUCGUUGUUCGCCGAAAUGUACUCAAAUAACUCAAACGUACCGAUCUACCAAUGUAUAUUUAGUUAUAUAGGCAACAGGAAUCUAGGAAGGCUUUUAACAAACAGCAGCCUCCAAGCGACCGCGAAUAGAGACGAGCUGUUCUACGUGUUUGAGCUGGAAAGACUUCCUCUUCCGAUGGAUGAGAAUGACGCCAGGAUUGUGACCUUUAUGACGAUGAUGUGGACCAACUUCGCCAAAUACGGCUCGCCGACCCCCGACCCCACAGCUGGUGAGUGGUUGCCUUAUCCCUAUAACCUUGAGAUAAACCUGGAGCCCCAGUACGUGGCACCUCUAACACCAGACAGAGCCUACUUCUGGCGCCACUUCUAUUAUAAAUACGGAGCUGAAGUCCCGAGAGAAUAAUUUA